CUAUAAGGUAUCAACAGACUCCUAUCCGCCGACGUAAAUCUGGACAUAUACCUGGCAGCAUGGCAGCUCUCGCAAGGGCUCUACCUCUCCCCCUUUACAAUCCUGUAGAGGAAUACGAAGAUGUCGCGCCAUUGUCCAUCCCCCAAGGGCCAUCCAUACCUAAAUAUGGCAAGCGAAAGGGUUGGAAACCUAGACAGCAACACGACUUCAACGGUGGUGGUGCAUAUCCAGAGUGUCACAUCGCUCAAUACCCUUUGGAUAUGGGCAAGAAGAAGGCUGGUGCCGGAUCGACGCUAGCUCUGCAGGUUGAUGCGGACGGGAUGGUUAGGUACGACGCGAUCGCUCAGCAGGGUAGAGCCCCGGGUAGUAAGGUGCAGUCGAGCUUCAAAGACCUCGUGCCUCUCGCCAAUCGACAUGAUAUCUCUGACAAGGAACGGGCGAUGGAGCGACCGGACGAGACCGCAGUCCAAGAGACCGCCGAACGGACACGUCUUGCUCUGGAGCGACUGACCAGUGCAAAGAUCAAAGCUGCUCAGCCGAAACAUGUCGCCAAGGCAAACACCGACUCGUCUUAUAUUCGCUACACACCAGCCAACCAGAGUGCGGACGAGGGAAAACAGAGAAUAAUCAAAAUGUCGAGCGUCCAGGAAGAUCCUCUCGAACCUCCAAAGUUCAAACAUAAAAAGAUUCCCAAAGCCCCUGAUGAACCCCCUGUUCCCGUUCUGCAAUCCCCACCUCGACCCGCUACGGCUCAGGACCAAAAAGACUGGAUGAUACCUCCUUGCAUAUCCAAUUGGAAAAACAACAAAGGUUACACUAUUCCCCUCGACAAGCGUCUGGCAGCGGAUGGGCGAGGGUUACAGGACGUGCAUAUCAAUGACAACUUUGCCAAAUUCUCUGAAGCUCUGUACGUCGCCGACCGACAUGCUAGGGAAGAGGUACGGGCGAGGGCGCAAAUGCAACAGCUAUUGGCGCAGAAGGAGAAGGCACAAAAAGAGGAGAACUUGCGACUACUGGCUCAAAGGGCAAGAGAGGAGCGUAGUGGAAUCACACCUUCUGUCACCGCUGCGUCCAGUACGCGAGGACCGCCCAAGGAGCUUGGCGUGGGUUUGGCCGCGUACGGCAGCGACAGUGAGGAAGAGAGUGAACAGGAAGAGGAUGUCAGUGAGGACGAGGAGGACGAUGAGCAGGUCGAGGAACGUGAGAAAGUGCGACAGGAGAAGAGGAAAGAGCGAGAGAAACAGAUGAGGAUGAAUAAUAUGGGUUCGGAGACUCGCGCCAAGAUGAUCGCUCGAGAACAAAACCGAGAUAUUUCCGAGAAGAUUGCCCUUGGUCUUGCCAAACCGACAGCGUCUAAGGAAACUUUACUCGACUCUAGAUUAUUCAACCGAGAAUCACUCAGCACUGGCUUCGCUGGCGACGAGUCGAUCAGUAUCUACGACCGUCCUCUCUUCAACGGGUCUUCAGCUGCCGCGGCCAUCUACUCUGCUCGUGGGAACGCUGGACGGGAUGAUGAAGCAUAUGGUGGUGGGACUGAAGAGGGUAUCAGGGAAGAAUUGGGCAAAGACAGGUUUGCAUUGGGUAACGCCACCCGUGGAUUCGACGGCGCCGACAGUGCAGUGGUACGUGAGGGUCCAGUGCAGUUUGAGAAGGAUGUUGUGGUCGCUCUUGAUGGGACGUCCGAUCCCUUCGGCGUAGAACAGUUUAUGGACGCCGCGAGGAAAGGUGGGAAACGGACUGCUGAACAUGAUAGGGAAGAGGCGAGGAAGAAACAAAGGGAAGAUUAGAUUUGUUGUUUGUCCACUAUGAUUUUCUAGCAUGUACUGAUAUCUUCUCC